AUACUGAAAUAAUAAUGUUAAAAUAAUGUAUUUAAUUUAGUUUGAAAACGGGUGAUUAGUUUUGUGAUUUGAACAUUUGUACUACUUAAAGCAGCAUUUUGGUCACAGUUUAAUUGCAAAAGUGGCCCUGUCUGAUAAGAAGGCUGAUUGUAAGGGGACAAGUUCCAACAUCAUCUCUGUAUCAGCUGAUUUUCACAAGACAUUUGCAGUAGCAGUCAGUAUACCUAUUUGAAGGGACCGCCCUUGUACAGGAGUAAUUCUUUUGUCAGAAUAUGUCAGGCGACAAGUUUUGCUGUGUUGAUGACUUUGAAACCUUUGCGUUAUCAACAUUGCCAAAACCUGCAGCUGACUACUACAGCAGUGGAGCUGAACAUGGCCACACUUUGGGUCUCAAUAGAGAGGCCUUUCGAAGGCUGCGUAUUCGCCCAAGGAUGCUGAUAGACAUGACGGGGUUGACAAUGUCCACUACAGUACUGGGGGAGAGGGUCUCGCUACCCAUUGGCAUUGCUCCAACAGCCAUGCAGAAAAUGGCUCAUCCACUCGGAGAGUGUGCCAAUGCCAAAGCGGCUGGAGCGUUGGGAACAAUAUUUACAUUGUCAACGAUAGCCACUAGCAGCCUAGAGGAACUAGCCACUGACGCUCCUCGGACUAUCAAAUGGUUCCAGCUGUAUAUCUACAAAGACAGGGAAGUGACAAAGAGACUAGUCCAGCGUGCAGAAAAUAAUGGAUUCAAAGCAUUGGUUUUGACUGUAGACGCACCUAUCUUUGGCAUCCGAUACCCUGAUGUGAGAAACCAGUUCUGUUUACCACCACAUCUCAGGCUUGCAAACUUUGUAGAUGAAAAAGCAACUCAAAUCAAUGAAGUGAAGGACAAUCAGUCAAGUCUGGGUGCGUAUGUUGCUUCGCUGUUUGAUCAAGGAGUUACCUGGGAUGAUGUGAAGUGGCUGAAAAGUAUCACCAAGCUUCCGAUCGUACUAAAGGGGAUCCUGACAGCAGACGACGCUAUCAUUGCUGCCAACCUUGGAGUGGCUGGCAUACAAGUGUCCAACCACGGUGGAAGACAACUUGACACUGUCCCAGCUACGAUAGAAGCGCUCCCUGAAAUUGUAAGAGCAGUUGGAGAUAGAUGUGAAAUAUACUUUGAUGGAGGAGUCCGAACUGGUACAGAUGUGUUCAAGGCACUUGCUCUGGGAGCAAGAAUGGUAUUUGUGGGCCGGCCAGCACUGUGGGGGUUGACACACAGCGGACAGCAGGGGGUGGAGAGAAUACUCAACAUUCUCAAGAAAGAACUUCACACAACAAUGGCUUUGGCAGGUUGUUCUUCAAUAGAAGCCAUCACAAAAUCCAUGGUCGUCCAUGAAAACUACUACAGUCAUCUAUAACCAAUUGUCAAAUAAAUAAUAUAUUUUGUUGUAUAUUCCACAGAAAACUUGAUGGAAAAUUAUUUUUUAUUAAAUUGGCUAAGUUCUAACUGUGAUUUAAGUGUCACUGUUUAUGUUCAUGUUUACAGUCUAAAACUUUUGCCAAACAGCUACUUAACAG